GGUUGUGGAGAGAUUCUUGACCUCUAAGCCGAAGAGUUCGCAAUUACAACAAUGCUGACUGGUUCUUACGCUGGUCAGACGUGCAAAAAUAAGCGCAAUGGUGGGUUUUUCUUAAUACUUAUAAGACGCUAAUCAGGCAUGGGAACAUAUCUCUAUAAAAAUGGAUACUAUAAGUAUGAAGGUGAAUGGAUUAAUGGUAAAAGAUGUGGUGAGUGUUUUGGCUUCCCCUAAUAUCCUAGGGACUGGAAGAUUUUCUAUGAAGGAUGGAAGUAUUUAUGAAGGCAGCUUUAUUGAUGGGGAGAUGUGUGGAAAUGGACGAAGAUUUUAUGCACUAUCAAAAAACGAAUAUAUGGGUCACUUUUUGUUCGGGGAACGUCAUGGGUAUGGUCUAAUGAAGUAUGGAGAUGGAUCCACGUACGAAGGAGAUUGGUAUCACAAUUUACAACAAGGUCAUGGAAAGUACGUCGAUGUAGACAAGAAUAAAUAUGUCGGUGAGUUUUUUCAAAAUAAAAAAAAUGGACCAGGAUGUCUACAUUCACACAAACUUUCUUACAUAGGGUAUUGGAAAAAUAAUAUUUAUGAUGGUAAUGGUAUCCUAAAGAUGAUAAACGGAAUGACAUAUGAAGGGGAAUUCAAAAAUGGUAAACCAAAUGGACAGGGUAAACUAACACGCAAAGCGAAUCUGUUACCUGAUUAUGAAGGUUUAUGGAAAGAUGGUCUACCCUGUCAAGUAGCAAAUCAUAUGAAGUUGUCAAUUGAAUUGGAAAAAGAGAAUUUAGGGUCCAAUUCAUCCUGUUUAGUUGAAUAUCGAAAUUCUCCAAUCAAAGAGAAAAGUUAUCAGUUUGCUUCAUCUUCAAGGAUGGAAAUUGUAUCAAAUGAAUUGGAGAUGAAAUUUAAUAUUGAUAUUUGCAUAUUCAAUAAUAAUCGAAGGAUUUUAAUUGAAGAAAGUCAUCGACAACUUGCUUUAUGGAUAGGAAAAGUUUGUAAAGAUAAUAUGCAAAGGGAAUUUUCUGUUGAUCUUCAAAUUUCAGUGGAAACGCCACUCUUGUUAUUCCUAAAGGAAAAAGGGAUUUAUACAAUGGAGACACCUUUCGGUUCAUACAUCUAUCCAGUUGGUUCAGUAAAGUUAAUUUCCGAUAAAACAGGAAUAGAUGAACAAAAUUCACCAGUUCAUUCAAUUGAUGAUAACGUCGAUCAUAUUAUAACUAAUUUUGAUUUAAACGAAGAAGAUAAAAGGAAUGUAAAUAAUCAACCGAGUAAUAGUAUUAUAGAAAAUGAAAAUCAACAAUUACUGAAUGAAGUAUUUGUAUACAAACAAUCUACUAAACGUGGUUUCAUUUCUUAUUCUGUCAUAAAAUCUCUCAUCAAUAAUCAAAAUAUAAAUGAAACAAUCCAUAUAGAAGAAGAUGUUAAGACAAUAUCAAUGAUAGAUGAUUAUGAAUAUUGUAUUAAUUUAUCAAAGAUUGAAAAAUCAGUUCAUUUAUUUGAAGAAUUUACAAAUUCACCAUGCCCUAAUCAACUACAAUUUGGUGAACAAUUUAUUCUAGUCGUUGAAGAUAUAACACCACGGAAUGAAGAGGAGAAUGAAGAAUUUCAUGUGGAUACGAUUCCAGAUCAUAUUUUGAGAACACCAGAACGUCUUUCACCGUUAUUUAUCAAGUUAUGUUACAUUUCAAGGGAAUAAUUUAUUAAAUGAUUUUGAAAUUUAGGAAAACGUAUAACAUUCUAUUACAAUAUACAUAUGUGUUGUUAUUC